AAAACGAUUCCUAGUUUUUCUAAUGAUUGUGUAUGUUUGUUUGUUGAUUGGAUCGUUUGUUGGUUCAUCCUUUGGUUGCUUGAUCAAAUGAACUUUUUAUUUUGAUGAUUUUUAGGUUCAUUAGUGAGCUUGUAGCAGUAGUAUCAUAGUUUGCUGGUUGGUUUGUUCUUUGUUUGGCUCAUUGGUUCUUUCACUUGUUCAGUCAGUUGUUUGUUCUUUGGUUCUUUAGUUUGAUGGUUGGUUAGUUCUGUGGUAGCUUCAGUCAUUGUUUCUUUGGGUCACGCGUCAGUUUGUUUGUUCAGCUGGCGAGUUCAUUGGUUCAUUCAGUGGUUUGCGCUUUGGUUCGGUAGUUUUUGAUGAGUUGGGUCCAUUUUUCUUUGCUCUGUCAGUUGAUUUGUUGUUUUCUCUGUCGGCUCAUCAGCUCAUUGUAUCCAUAUUACUUUGCUGUACAAUCUCCACCGAUUCCGUGCCGCCGAUGUAGCCGCCCGAUCGCUCGCCGCCCAACGUGUUCUCCGUCACGUACGCCGUCGCUUCGGCUUCGUCUGACGUCCGCUCCAUCGAGCACUUCCCUCCUCACGCAGGCGACUGUGUCCAGUUGCCUUGGAAACCCGCCGGUCGGAUACAUAUGUGUGUGUGUGUGUGUGUGUGUCAAAGAGAAAGUAUUUUCCAUCCCUCGCUCCCCCACCUUACCUGUCUGUGCUGCAGGUAAUUACCGUCUUCCCACUCAGCUCUAAAAAUAUUCCGAGCCUCUGCAGGCAGAGAGCGGUCCAAAUGUUCCAGGUGGACUUUUGUCGGCUUUGGAAGAUCCAGACUAAAGAAUGUAAAGAAGAAUGAACAAAACCUUUGAAGUAUCCUCAAGUUUGAUCACGUUCUUAACGAGUUCAUGACCUGAGCUGAGCAAGAACCCAAACAGGUUGGCCGAGGUAGCUGCGGUCAAAGUUUUUCUGGUCAUCUUUUAGCGUUAAGCAAAGUCUUCAAGCUGUAUUGUACGUACCUUCAUCAGAAAACGUGAUGACUUGCGCAGUGUAACGGUUCGACCACUAAAACCGUGUUUGAAGUGCCGUUAGAAUUUUGAUUAUUUGUUCGUUGGAUUGGUAAUUCCUUUGUUUGCUCAUUAGCCACAUCUUUUGUUGGUUUUGUUCUUUGGCACUUUUUUUUCCCGUCGGGUUUUUAGUUCUUUUUUUGUUGGUUUCUUCUUUGGUUCAAAUGUUUGCUGGUUGGUUUCUUUCUUUGUCCUGUGGUUCAUUUUGCUGGUAGGUUUGUCCUUUCAUUGAGUUUACUAGUUGGUUGGGUCAUUUGUUUGAAAAUUAGUUAAUUGGUUGGUUUGUUUGGGUCGUCCGUUUGCGGGUCAGUUGAUUUUUUUGGUUUUGUUUUGUUUUGUUUAUUUGUUGCUUGGAUUUUUUUUGUAUUCUUUUGUUUGGUAGUUUGUUGGUCCGGUCAUUUGUUAGUUUGUUGCGUCUUCAUUCCUUUGUGAGUCCAUCGGGGCCAAGCGGGGCAGCUUACCACCGCAUCCGGUCGGCGAAAUAGUCACACAUCGUUUCAUCCGCAUUAUUGUAAUUUAACGAUUGCGCAGCAGGAAAAGACUAUAGCGUAAAUUACUCCACAGCACAGUGGUUAUAUUGUUACAAGUCAAGUGAAAGCAUCCUGAUGUCUGCAUUAGCCCAGCUAAUUGUGUGUGUGUGUGUGUGUGUGUGUGGAAGCUAGCAGUGGCAUGAAAUUAGAAAGUCAAGCACACAUCUUGCGCCAAGGCUUCUUCUUUGGAUUGUUCUUUUUCGUCUUACUCCCACGCCGCUCCCGAGUGCAUCCGUGCGGAGACAUCCCACCCGCGUCCGCCUCCCUGAUUAGUCGGCGCUGCAAGCGGAUUCAAAAGUGAUCUACGCGCUCAACACCAAGAACGACGAGCACGAAGCGGCCAUCGCCACCCUGAAGGAGGCUCACGAGGAGGAGGUGCAGCAAAUCCUCUCCGAGACCAGAGAGAAGAUUUUACAGUACAAGAGCAAGAUCAGCGACGAGAUGGACCUGAAGAGACGCAUCCAGUCCCUGGAGGAGUCCAUGGAGCUGCACGAGAGGAUGAAGAGGCAAGCGCUGGCCGAGUUUGACAACUACCGGCAGCGGGUGGAGGACCUGCAGCUGUGCACCGAGGCGCAGCACACGCAACGGGUGGUGUCCAUGUCGCGCGAGGUGGAGGAGAUGCGGCGCUCGUUCGAGGAGAAGCUGCGCACCUUCGGCCAGACGCAGGCGCAGUCCGAGCAGGAGAAGAAGGUGGCGCUAGAGGAGCUGAAGGGCCAGCAUCGGCAGGAGGUCCAGGAGCUCCUCCGCAGCCACCAGAGUCACAACGCCAACUACAGCAAAGACCAGGAGAAGCUGGGCCAGCUGCACAAAGCCGAGGUGGAUUCUCUGGCGGAGCGAGUGGAAGAACUCAAACAGGACAAGAAGAAACUGGUGGACGAGUAUGAGGCCAAACUCGGCAAGGCUCAGGCCUUCUACGAGCGGGAACUGGAGGCCAUGAAGCGAACGCAGCAGCUGACGGCCGACAACCUCCUGGCGUGGAAGCGCACCGAGGCCGAGCUGCGCCGCGAGUUCCAGACGCAGGAGGCGGCGCUGCAGAAGACUCUGGGCAAGCUCCGGACCGAGCUGGCCCGCGUCACCGACGAGGCCCGCGAGCACCGCGAACGCUCGCACAAGCUGCAGGCCUCGCUCGCCGCCUCCGAGAACGCCGUCAAGGAGCUGAGCAAGCAGCUGGACGAGGUGACGCAGAAUUCCGAGAUCGUGGAGAUCCGUCAAAAGGAGGCCGAGUGCGAGCUGGAGGCGGCCCGGGAUCGAGUUCAGCAGCAGGCCACCGAGAUCCUCCUCAAAGCCAGUCAGAUCAGCAGCCUGCAGGCCACCCAGAUGACUCAGGAGGCGGCCGUGCGCGACCUGGACAACGAGCGCAGCCGUCUGAAGGACAAGGUGCUGAGGCUGGAGGAGGAGCGAGAGGCGCUGCACGGCCAGAGCCGAGCGCUGGACGACAGGCACAAGCAGCAGCUGCAGUCCUUGCAGAAGACGCUGCGCGAGGAGAAGGCGUCUCACGAGAAGGACAUGAGCGGCCUGCGCGCUCGCUACGAGGAGGAGAGCGGCCAGACCAAGGAGAACCAGGCCCGGGUUCUGGACGAGGUGGCCAAGAAGCACCGGGCCGCGCUGGAGAACGCGCUCGGCGGGGCGGAGAAGGACAAAAACAGACUGUUGGCUGAGCUGGAGCAGCAGUUUGAGCGAGAGCGCCACACGCUGGAGGAGCAGAGAAGUGUCCUGCUGCAGGAGCUGGAGCAGCUGAGGGAGGAAAUGAGCUCCAAGCUCCACGCCGCCGACCAAGAGGUGUGCCGUCUGCAGCAGCAGGCGCAGGAGGGCGAGAAGGACAUGGGCGCGGCCGAGCGGCAGAUGGCCACCAUGAAGCAGGCGCAGGACAAACUGCUGGAGGAGCUCGACGCCACCAGGGGACGGCUGAGGGAGACCAGCAACCUGCUCACCGCCCUGCAGGGAGAGCUGGAGGUCCAAACGCGUCAACAUGAAGCCAAAGUCAUCAGCACCAAAGAGGAAGAGAAGCAUAAGAUGGAUAAGAUGGCUUUGGAGCUGGAACUUAAGUGGACGGAGACCCUCAGGCAGGAAUGCAAGAAGCUCCGCGAGGAGCUGCGAGAGGAGCACGAGGCGGACAAAGCGGCGGCGUUGAGCCAGCUGGCCCGCAACAAGGAGCAGGAAAUGAACAACGCCCGAGAGAGCUGGCAGAGGAGAGUGGACGACCUGCUGGAACAGAUCUCCUUGCUGAAGCAGAGUCUGGAGAUGCAGCUGUCGCAAUCGCAGUCGUCGCUGCAGCAGCUUCAGCAGCAGUUCAGCCAGGAGCGGGAGCACCUGCGCACGCAGCUGGACGAACUGCAGACGGAGCACCAGCGCAGACACCAGCGGCUGCACGAGGCGCAGUGUUGCGCCCUGCAGGACAUCGAGCACGCGCGACAACGCGACAUCAAGGAGCUGGAGGAGCGUCUGCGCCAGCACCACCACGCCGAGCUGCAGUCGCUGCGGGAGGCCCACCGGCACAGCGUGGAGACCCUCAAGCAGCAGUCGGAGCAGGAGCUGCAGACGCUGCGCUUCGAGCUGGAGGACGAGGGCAAGGCCAUGCUGGCAUCUCUGCGAUCGGAGCUGAACCACAUUCACGCGUCGGCCAUCGAGCACCUGCGACAAAACCACCAACAGGAAGUGACGGUCGCCAAGAAGGAACUGGAAAAGACGGUGGAGAAAACCCGCCUCCAGGAGCGCGAGCUGCUGGGCCGCGUGGCCGAGCUGCAGGAGGAGGUGACGCGCAGGAAGAAGCACAUCGCUCAGCUGGACCACCAAAUCCACACGCUCAACGAGAACAUCAGCAGCCUCACCAAGGAGCUGGAGCUCAAAGGCAAGGAGGUGCUCAAGAUACGCAGCGAGGCCAACCAGCAGAUCAGGGCUCACGAGCAGGAGCUGCAGAAGCGUCACGAGCGCGAAGUGUCCGAGCUGAACGCCAUGCACAGCAGAGAGACGCACAACAUGUUGGUGGACUUCAACAAGGCGCAGGAGGUCCUCAAGGACAAGAUCUCUGCCCUGCAAAUUCUGCUGGAAGGCACCGAGGAGAAAUUCAGGAACCGCGAGAGUCGCCCUGAGGAUCUGCAGAUGAUCGCCGAGCUCAAGGACAUGGUCUCCGAGAGGGAAUCUCUCGUCAAGAAGCUGGUGGAUGACAAGAAGUUCUACCAGUUGGAGCUGGUGAACCGCGAGAGCAACUUCAACAAAGUGUUCAACGCCAGCCCCAACGUCGGCGUCAUCAACCCGCUCAUCAAGCAAAAGCGAAAGAAUGAGAAAGCGGCGGCGAGCAGAUUCGGCAGCUCCGCCGGUUUCAGGGUUCUGGAGGCAGCCGGCUCGGGCCCGGCGGGCCCCGGGGGCGGCCCGCAGCAGCAGCAGCCGCCGCCGCCGCCGCCGCCUCCGCCGCCGCCCCCGGCCCAGCCCGGCCGCCUCGAACCCCUUGCCCACCCCCCCCUCCUCCACCACCUCGAGCUGAACGCCAACAAACCUCUUCCCCCGCCGCCGACCCCUCCCACAGAACCCAAGAAGUUCACGAGCCCUCCUGAGACGAAGGACGCCGCCAUCGACCUUCCGGACGCUCAGCGGCAAGAGUGGUUCGCUCAGUACUUUUCCUUUUGAUUGACAACGCACACACACAAACACGCACGCACCUGCAGAAACAAAACACCAGAAUUCAGCAGCAUGUCAGCCAAACGUUUAAGAAAAAAAAGUCUGGAAUUAAACUACAAAAAAAAAAGAAACUGUUUGUUUUCUAUAUUGUUAAAAAAACAAAAAAAAAACAAAUCCACAUUCGGGCUUGGUUCAGUUUAUGAAAUAAAUGAAGAUGUACUAGUACGCUCUUUGUCCUCACUAGUAUGACAGUUCAGCACACGAGUAGAAUGUCUGUCUUACUAGUAACAUUUUCCCACUACUAGUGCCACUUGCGAUGAAAUCUUACUCGUAAACUACUGUGCUGCAUUAGCAACAGAGCGUUCGUAUCUGGAAAUGAACAUCCUUCAUAUCCAGCUGGAAUUGUCUUACUGGUGGGGGGCAAAGCGCGUACUAGCACGCAGACAUCAAGGCAAUCCGAAAAAUGCUCACAACGGCUUUCGUAUCUGGAGAUCCACAAUAUGGACUAAACGCUCAUCAUCAUCAUCAUCUGCUUCGUCAUCUUCUAGGUUGGAUGUUUUUAGUUGGUUUCUCCCACUCAUUCUCAUCGUUGCCAGCGUUUAUUUUUUGGGGGGGACUCCAAGUGAGAAAUAGACAUGCGUGGAGUUUAGAGGUCCUUGUUGCUCUUCUCUGUGCAUUCCCCCCCAAAAAAAAAAAAAAUACUAGUCAUGAAAUGAAAAGAAAAUGCUGCUUCUCUGUUAGACGCAGACCCCAGAUCAGUCAGUCCGUCUUAGGGUGGGCACCAUCCUCGUGAUAGAAGAAGAAGAAACUGAUCUCUUUUGGUAGAAUACAAAACUCUUGUUUGUAUGCUUGUCUGUCUCUACACAGAUACAAUGAUGUCUCACUGAUUUUAAGAGCAAAAAUAGCAUUUUAUAUUUAUAUUAUAAUGUGUAUGCUUAAUAAAGGAUUAUUGUGACAUUUA